AUGCGUCUGUUCUUCAUGCUGCAGUGGCAGUUGGGGCUAUGCAUCGCGCCACGGGGGGGACUGUGCCCUUCUUUGCAGCUUGGUGACUGGCUUGAGCGUGGAAAUCCAUUCGCAGUGGCACAAUAUGUCAAAUCGAUCAAUCAUCUCAGAAAGCGCCUGGAUGACCCGAAUGACUCUCAGUGUGAACAUGUCGCUUUAUUGACAUGCUUGUUGUUCAUUUGUUUUGAGAUGCUACAAGGAAAUAGGCCAGGAGCCGUCGCCCAUCUUCGUAAUGGGCUUCGCAUAUUAUUGACACGAGACUCUCCUUCAGUGUACCUGGGACCUGAAGUGAGGAGCAUUUGGACUCGCAAAAACUCACUAUUUCACACCUCACACCUUGAUGAGCUGGCGGAUACAUAUGCUCGUCUAGAUUACGAGUCCACGAUGUUUGGAGAAGAGACUGCUAUACUCACGCUCGACUCGCCCCAUGAUCUUAUAGGCCCAACUCUUCCAACACCAAGCACUUUCAUCAAUGUUACAGAGGCCAGGAAGUCGUUGGAUAUCCUGUCAAAUGCCGUUUAUCGCUUGCGCGGUGAGCUACUGCGUAUGGCUGCCUCGAAUAUUGAUAACGAGAUUCAUGAAGAUUGGCCAGUUCGUUAUUGUGUAGCCUAUUCUGGGAUCCGGACAGUGGAUCUAUCCAAGCAGCAGCAAGAGCAUCUCAUCCGUGCCUAA